AUGCUAAACUUUACAACAGAAGAAGUGCUGAAGAGAAUCGAACCACAAGAGUACUCUCUCGCGCUGGAGGGUCCAGUUCCUGGUAUCAACCUUUUGAAGGCAUGGACUCCUCCACCGUACAAACGCAUUUUCAAGGUAGAUGAAAUGUAUCAACUAUUCUCAAAAGAAUGUAUUGCUAUGAUUGGAGACUCUACGGAUCGACGGGCUGCCGAUACGCUUCAUAUACUUCUUUCCAACCGCAAUAAUGUCUCUGGAAUUGAGAAAUAUUUGCAUGAUUAUCAGGACGGUCACAUUGAUCAGACCCGUGACAAUUUGGUGGAUGGGGCCAUCCGAAGAAAGAAAUGUUACCCUGGUACGAUCGACAAUAUUUUUCUACCAACGUACGAUGAUCUGCUUGGGUAUAAGCAUCACAAGCAAAAAAACUACACAAUCAUUGUUGCAGCCACAGGGCCGUGGAACCAUAUUGGUAAGCCAAAGUGGUAUACUCCCAAAGAGACACGAGAAUAUGUGCAGCAAGUAAUCCAUCAUCUUCACAACGAAAUCCCAAAGGAUAUACUGUUCAUCUGGAAAACCUCUGUUUGGUCUAGGUUUGGUGAUUGGAAUGAGCUGAAGGACAACGAAACCAUCAAUGUCAAGGGCAAUAACUACUUGGUUCAUUACGCCAAUCAGGUUGCCAAAGAUACUAUUCGAGCGAUCAAUUCUACCAGACGAAUUGUUUUGGACUUUUCUACAGAAAUCGCUCCUUAUUCGUUUGAGCAAAGGGCGCCUACCAAUAUGGCUGCCGAAAAUGACGAUGCUGUUCGGUGGCACUUGGGACCGAAGGGUCGUGUGUUGUUUGCACAAAUGCUGGCAUGGGAAGUUGCUCGUUACCGGAAAACCACGCUACUUUCCCCAGUAAGAAUGGAGAAUCAUUCUCAAAUUUCGAAUGACAUGCCCCAUGGGUCGGCAGCAGAAGAACUAGAUUCUGAAACACGAACCAUUCUGUUCUUUAUUGGAGUUUUCCUGAUAGUACUGUAUGGAAUCAAGAUGCGAUGGAGCUCCUGGAGAUCUAGGACUCCUCGCUAG